AUGGUAAUUCUGGUACUGCUAGUGACCCACGCACAUCAUACUCUUGAGCAUGGUCAGAUCCAUCAACAGAGGCUGGCCAGGAGAAUGAAGGGUCAAAGAGGGGAUUGGAAAAGGAAGGACUUUGCGGCAAGAAGUCAGAUCCAUCAACAGAGGCUUCUAACCAGCACCCAUCUAAGAAAAGCUCCAUCUAAGAAGCAGUCCAGAAAACGCACCAGAAGAUGCUCCAGAUUGGUAGGAAGCAGCGAGAGCGGCGGGGAAGUGCCAAUGGAAGCAGUGGACAUGUUGUCGAAAGGAAAGAGAGUGGGAAAUUUGAGAAAGGAAUGGGAGAGAAGCCAUGUUCAUGAUAAAGCCAACCAGAUCCGACUCAAUAGAACCCAACCAGAUCCAACUCAAAAGGAAGGGAAGCGUAGAGAGCAGACGGAGGAGAUGAGAAUGAAGGUGGAAGAGAGGAGAAGGGGGCUCUAUUCCCUGACGAAGCGAGCAAUUAGAAGCCUCAGAGAAACACUAUCCAAACCAAGAACCAAAAACACAACAUCAUUUCGCCAUCCACUUGCAGAGAAACAGAACAAAAAACCAAAAACCAAAAACGCAGAUCCAGCGCCUAACCGCCACCACGCCGCCGCGUCCUCGUCGCUCCAUGAGAAAAGAGUUUCCGCCAUCCCAGCCGCCAUCGCAGCACCGUCGCUGCUCUCUCACUACACCAUCGUGGGCUCUCUCGCCGCACCGUUGCGGGCUCUCUCUGCCAUUGCACAUCGAGAAAAAGGAGAAGAGGAGAGGUGCUAG